UCCUCACCCAACGCUGGCGGAUUCCACCCCCCCCAACACACACACGACUUUUCUUCUUCUUCUCGCUUCUCGUCGAACUUCGCGAGAAAAUCCCCCUCAAACCCCAAUCGAAAUGCUCCACUUAGGGUUCGUCUCCCACGCCAUCUUCCCUUCAACUGCCCCCAAAUCAUACGUCUUCGCUCGGAGGACGAGCUCCGGAAGAGGAGUCCGCACUUGUGAGAGGGCAAGACUGCGGCCGUGGCGGGCGAUGGCGGUGCUUGGAGUGGAGAAAACGGUGGGUAGGGGAGAAGAGAGGGCUCCGGUGGAGAAGGAGCAGUACGAUGCGAUCGUGAUUGGGUCGGGUAUUGGUGGUUUGGUGGCUGCGACGCAGCUGGCGGUGAAGGGUGCUAGGGUUUUGGUACUGGAGAAGUAUGUGAUUCCGGGUGGGAGCUCCGGGUUCUUUGAGAGAGAUGGAUUCACUUUCGAUGUUGGAUCCUCUGUGAUGUUCGGCUUCAGCGAUAAGGGUAACCUAAAUUUAAUUACCCAAGCAUUAGCAGCAGUUGGGCAUAAGAUGCAGGUGAUACCUGAUCCUACAACUGUGCACUUCCAUCUACCUAGUAACCUUUCUGUUAGAGUGCAUAGAGAAUAUGACGACUUUAUCACAGAGCUUAUCAACAACUUUCCUCAUGAGAAAGAUGGCAUACUUGGAUUUUACAAUGAGUGUUGGAAGAUCUUCAAUGCUUUGAAUUCUUUGGAGCUGAAGUCAUUGGAGGAGCCAAUCUACCUCUUUGGACAGUUCUUUAAGAAGCCCUCGGAGUGCCUUACUCUUGCAUAUUAUCUGCCUCAGAAUGCUGGUGAAAUUGCUCGGAAGCACAUAAAAGAUCCUCAACUUUUAUCCUUCAUUGAUGCUGAGUGUUUUAUUGUCAGCACAGUCAAUGCUCUGCAAACACCAAUGAUAAAUGCAAGCAUGGUCCUAUGUGACAGGCAUUUUGGUGGGAUUAAUUAUCCAGUUGGUGGAGUUGGUGGAAUUGCGAAGGCUUUGGCAAAUGGCUUAGUUGAAAAAGGGGGCAAAAUUCUUUACAAGGCAAAUGUGACUAACAUUAUACUUGAGAAUGGGAAGGCUAUAGGAGUGAGGCUGCCUGAUGGAAGAGAAUUCUUCUCUAGAUCAGUGAUAUCAAAUGCAACCAGAUGGGAUACUUUUGGAAAGCUUUUGAAAGUGGAUAAUCUUCCUGAAGAGGAAAAGAAUUUCCAAAGAAUUUAUGUCAAGGCACCCUCAUUUUUGUCCAUUCACAUGGGAGUCAAAGCCUCAGUUUUGCCUCCUGACACAGAUUGCCACCAUUUCAUCCUAGAGGAUGAUUGGAAUAGACUGGAGAAGCCUUAUGGUAGCAUUUUUUUGAGUAUCCCUACUGUUCUUGACUCCACAUUGGCUCCAAAAGGGCACCAUAUUCUUCACAUAUUCACAACAUCUGGCAUUGAGGACUGGGAGGGUCUAUCUCGAAAAGACUAUGAAGAGAAGAAGGAGAUUGUGGCUAACCAAAUCAUAAGCAGACUUGAAAAUAAACUCUUUCCUGGUCUCAGAAACUCUAUAAUCCUUAAAGAGGUAGGAACACCAAAGACUCACAGGCGAUAUCUUGCUCGAUAUGAUGGUACGUAUGGGCCAAUGCCACGUAGUAUACCCAAGGGUUUGCUUGGAAUGCCUUUCAAUACAACAGGCAUUGAUGGUCUUUACUGUGUUGGGGAUAGCUGUUUUCCUGGUCAAGGAGUUAUAGCUGUUUCUUUUUCAGGAAUUAUGUGUGCGCAUCGAGUUGCUGCUGAUAUUGGGCUUGAGAGAAAAUCUCCCAUUUUGGAUGCUGCCCUCCUUCAGCUUCUUGGGUGGCUUAGGACUAUGGCCUGAAAGACACAUCAGGUGGACUUUAUUACAUGUCUGCUCAGUUGAGGAAUAACUGAAUCAAGAUGUGUACCAGUUGCACUGAAAGUUGUCCAAUAAUGGUCAUGUUGCUUGUCAAACUUUAUUCAGCUGGUCAUGGUUUAGGUAUAUAAAGAUUAUAGAAGUUUUUGAGAAUCACUGCUUGAGAUUUAUGACCCAGAGCACAUUGUAAAUUCCAGAAAGCAAUAGAUUUUCUUGGUAUAAUCCUUUC